AUGCGUCAACUGCUUCUUCUGGUGACUGGAACCUUUGACCACGCAGUCUAUCGGGAUUAUAUGGAGAAUGGUCCAAUAAUUCCACGUUUUCUUCCGUUAAAUACUGCCUUGUUUUUUGGGCUGUGUGCGAGCUUGCAUUGUCUUGGUGGAGGAUGA